GGUACCUGUUGGUUCACUUGAAAGCAGAGCAGUAAAAGCACGAUGUUUCAAGGUUUGUUCAAGAAACCUUUAGACGAUCAGCCACAAGAGCCACCAGCUCUUCUGGAUGAACCAUGGAGGGAAUUACGCUGGGGAAACGUACAGGAGGAUCGUCAAUAUGUGCAGGAAUACAAGCCUGCACAGGAUGACAUCAAGUACCUUCGUGUCCUCUUGUACGGACCUGUCGGACAUGGGAAGUCCAGUUUCAUCAACUCUGUCAGUAACGUCAUUCGAGGACGGAUUUCCAUUCCUGCUUUGGCCAGUGCCACCCUGGACGAAGCCAAGAGCUUCACCAGAAAGUUUGAAACUCACAAAUUUAAUAAAGGACGAGGAAACGAAAAGACAAUUUACCCUGUGGUCUUCAACGACAUCAUGGGUCUGGAAGAGGAGAACAAAGGGGUUCAUGAAAAUGACAUCAAGUUGGCUUUGAAAGGACACGUGAAGGAGGGACACAAGUUCAACCCAGUUUCUUUACUAACUGAAGGUGACAAAGACUACAACCCGACCCCCUCUGCUGAUGACAAAGUCCAUGUGCUGGUCUGUGUGCUCUCUGCCAACGCUCCACAGAUUAAAUCAUCAGUUCUGGAGAAGAUGAAGAACGUCAGAGAAACAGCCAGUGAACUGGGAAUUCCUCAAAUGGCCAUGAUGACGCACAUCGAUGAAGCUUGUGGUGAAACUGAGAAAGACCUGAAGAAUGUGUACAAGAGCAGAUACCUGAAGAAAAAAAUGACAGACUUCAGUGCAGCAGUUGGAAUCCCAUUGAACUGCGUCUUCCCUGUGAAGAACUACAGCCAUGAAAUCGACCUGAACGAUGAUGUUGAUACUCUGAUCCUGAGCGCCCUGCGGAAAAUUAUCGACUUUGGAGACGACUUUAUUGAAAAAAAUUAAACAGAGAUUUAGAGGAAACAAUGAGGUGGAAGAGGUUCAGUUACAUAUUCUGUAUAUCUAUAGGACAGUUAAAGCUUCAUUAAGUUUGCAUUAAGAUAACUCUUUUUUUUUAUCUAGCUGUGGAAUUUAGAGGUAAAAGGAACUGUCAAUUGUAGUUAUUCUAUCCUUCAAUAAAUGGAUUUUACAUUUUAAAGUAAAAUUUGGGUUAAGAUAAUAGAGCAAAGUCUUAGCAGAAACAGCUCCUCCCAAUGAUAGAUUUGCAAGUUAAAUUAAGACCGAGGAAAAAAAAUGGCUGUGUUGAAAUUUUAUUCAUUGUCACUAUAAUCCAAGAUAAUGACAAGAAAAAGUAUAUUCUGUUGACAGAAAUUGUUGUAAAUCAGGAGUGUGAACUUUACCGUUUUUUUUUUCUUAGAAAUAUAAACAUAUCUUUGUUUGAUUAUGUCUCAUUUAAUGUUUUAAUGUGACCCGUUUUUCAUCCUUUUGAUUUAUCAAGUUUCCUCCACCUCUGUUUUCCUUGUAAAACAAUUGCAGUUACCGUUUUUACAAAGGAGCUGUACAAAUAAUCUCACUUUGCUUUUUUUAUACGCAUCAAUAUUACAUUGCAUUGGUAGUUUGUAUGUUAAACAAUGUUAAGCAUUCAGGAGUGUUUUUGAUGUGACGCGUUUAUUGAUCUAAGAAGAAGAUUCCAUGUCCUGUCAGAAGUUUGAAUAAACCUCAUGAAUUUGUGUGUCAGGAA